UUGGUUUGGGGGUGGUUAAAGACCUUCUCUCUUCAGCUUCUUCAAAUAUUUGCUUGUUAUUUAACAAGAGUCUCUCACACUUGCUGAAAGUGACAGACAUUGAGACCUCAAAGCCAUCCAUGAUCUCUCUCCAUAAAAAAGGUCGCCUAUUUUAGAGAACGGGUUUUUUGUUCUUUGGUGGUUGCGAUUAUCUCUCUGAAUUCUACAGAUUUUUCUCAUUAAAAGCUACCUUUUUUUGUUUUGUUUUCCUUCACUUUAUGUCUACAUACUCUUCUCUUCAAUUUCUGCUCAAAACCCAUCUCUUUUGCUCCUUCAAUAUCUGUUUCUCAUGCCCAGAAACGAACCUUGCUUCUCUGUUCUCUUCACAUUUGUUGUAGCGGAAUUGCCUCCCUAGUUAUUCCUUUUCAAUUAGCUUUUACCUUCAGCUAUGAUCUCCCAAGGCUUGAUCUGAUAAGAAGUUGGUUUUCUGGGCGCUCCUGGUGAGAAUUUGAAACUCAACUUGGGUCAAAAUUGGCAACGACUUUGGGAUUUGCAUUCGAGUUUGGACUUGAGGGAGUGAAUUCAUAAGACUUUUUUGGGAUUUCACCAGCCAGUUCUGACGGAUCCAUCUUCUGAAAAUAAGUGUUGUGAUUGUCUGGCUGGUCUGGAGUGCAUACUAAGUAUUGUCAGGGCCCUCAGAAUGGGGUCCUGCUUGUCUGCGGAAAGCAGGAGCCCUAUCCCUGGUUUGCCGUCCUCUCCCAGCUUUGGAGUCAGGAAAAGGAAGGACUCCAAGAAGCGUCCAGGGUCACGGAAUUCUUCCUACGAUUACCGGAGGGAAGAACCACUGCACAGGAUUCCGGGGAGGUUGUUCUUGAAUGGGUCGAGUGAGAUUGCUUCAUUGUUUACCCAACAAGGGAAGAAAGGGACCAACCAGGAUGCCAUGAUUGUCUGGGAGAACUUUGGCUCAAGGACGGAUACGGUUUUCUGUGGUGUUUUUGAUGGCCAUGGUCCUAAUGGUCAUAUGGUUGCAAAGAGAGUAAGAGAUUAUCUUCCUCUGAAGCUGAGUGCUCACUGGGAAGUGAAUAUAAACAGUGAGGAUGUUCUGAAAGAGAUCAGACUCAACACCGCUGGAAGCAUGAAUUCUGAAGAUACUGCUUUUGUAUCCGCUGAUGAAGAAUCUAAGCUGUCUGUUGAUCUUGAGGAUGCUGAAAAGCAACCAGAUAUAUUUCAGACACUGAAAGAGUCUUUUCUGAAGGCUUUUAAAGUAAUGGAUAGGGAAUUGAGGUUCCAUGCAAAUAUUGAUUGUUUCUGCAGUGGAACAACAGCAGUAACACUGGUCAAACAGGGUCAAUAUCUUGUCGUUGGAAAUGUUGGAGACUCCAGAGCUGUACUGGGUACAAGGGAAAAGGAUGAUUCCCUUAUUGCAAUUCAGUUGACUGUGGACCUCAAACCAAAUCUUCCAGCGGAAGCAGAGAGAAUUCGAAGAUGUAGAGGACGUGUCUUUGCUCUUCUGGAUGAACCUGAAGUAGCCAGAGUCUGGCUGCCAAAUAAUGACUCGCCUGGCCUUGCCAUGGCACGAGCUUUUGGAGAUUUCUGCCUAAAAGAUUUUGGUCUGAUUUCCGUGCCAGAGAUUUCUUAUCGGCGCCUCACAGAGAAGGAUGAAUUUAUCGUCUUGGCUUCUGAUGGGAUUUGGGAUGUCCUUACAAACAAGGAAGUUGUGGACAUUGUAGCAUCAGCCCCUGCACGUUCCUCUGCUGCUCGAGCCUUGGUUGAGUCAGCAGUUCGAGCUUGGAGAUAUAAGUAUCCGACUUCCAAAGUUGAUGACUGUGCUGUAGUUUGCCUCUUCCUGGACUCAAACACAGACAAUAUAUAUACAGCUUCGAAUGUAAAGUCCCAAGAGCAGCCAACUUCAGCAGACGUAGCUGAUGGGGGCUGCGAGAAAGGCAAUGAACUCCCCAGCCCAACUGGUCUGGACCGUUCAGGUACUGUCCGAACAGGCAGAGAGAUCCUCUCAGGGGGAGGUACUGAAGACUCCUCAAUGCAGGAUGAAACGCUUAUAGAAACGGGAAUAGAGUGGUCUGCUCUGGAAGGAGUGUCUCGUGUCAACACACUAUUGAAUCUGCCAAGAUAUGAGCCCGGGAAAGAGGACAAGAAGGCAGUCAAGGGAAAGAAGGUUUGAUUGGCUACUUUUUUACAUUUUUUUUUCUCCGUUUUUGACAUUCCUUUUCAUGGUUCAUUUCCAACAUCAUGGGAAAAACAAGAUUUGCAAUUGAUGAUAAUUUUGGACCCGACUAUAUUAGCGUGUCUGGGAAAAUCAAUUGUCCCUUCUCUCUCUCUCUCUCCCUCUCCCUCUUGUGUGGGUAGAAUUGGAAUUUUGUAAGAUCCAACUCUCCUUGUAUUUUUUGUUGUUUCACUUAAGAAAAUGGUGUAUGUUUUGUAAUGCUAUUUUUUGAUGGUUUGGAUGAUAAUAUUGUUCUAUUUUGUAUGC